AUGGCCGACCACUGCUUGUCUGUAGAGGGGAAGAUCCCCAAAGGGUCUCCUCAGCGAGGAGGAGGGUGGGACUCGGGCGCAGGGCGGAGGGGAGGCGCACGGCCCGGGGCGGGGCCGCCGCAGGCUCAGAUGGCACCCGGCGCUCGCGCCGCAAAGGGCGUCCCCCAGCGGCCUCCCGGAGACCCUCCCCGGCCCGCGGGGCGCUGGAGCCGCCGCGGCGGAGGCAUGGCCGCGGGGGCCGCGGGGGCCGCGGUGCGCGAGGCGGCGCCGGGGCUGGAGGCGCCUCCCCAGCACGAGCAGAUCUCUCACACAAAGCUUUCUGCGGAUGAUGAAUGGAACCUGCAGCAGGAAAGGAUGUACAAGAUGCACCGGGGCCAUGAGUCCAUGCACGUGGAGAUGAUCUUGAUCUUCCUCUGCGCACUGGUCAUCGCCCAGAUAGUGCUGGUACAGUGGAGACAGAGGCAUGGCCGGUCCUACAAUCUGGUGACACUGUUGCAGAUGUGGGUUGUCCCUCUGUAUUUCACGAUAAAACUUUACUGGUGGCGGUUUCUGUCUAUGUGGGGAAUGUUCUCAGUUAUUACCAGUUACGUCCUCUUCAGAGCUACCCGAAAACCCCUCUCAGGGAGAACACCAAGAUUGGUCUACAAAUGGUUUCUUCUAAUCUACAAACUCAGCUAUGCAUUUGGUGUUGUGGGUUAUUUGGCCAUCAUGUUUACAAUGUGUGGAUUCAAUUUAUUUUUCAAAAUCAAGGCUAGAGAUUCCAUGGAUUUUGGCAUUGUAUCCUUGUUCUAUGGCCUCUACUAUGGCAUAAUGGGGAGAGAUUUUGCAGAGAUCUGUUCAGAUUACAUGGCUUCUACUAUAGGGUUCUACAGCGUCAGUGGGAUGCCCACAAGGAGCUUGUCAGACAAUGUUUGCGCCGUCUGUGGGCAGAAGAUCAUUGUGGAGCUCAAUGAAGAAGGGCUCAUUGAAAACACCUACCAGCUCUCAUGCAAUCAUGUCUUUCAUGAAUUCUGCAUCCGAGGUUGGUGUAUAGUUGGUAAAAAGCAGACUUGCCCUUACUGCAAAGAGAAGGUUGAUUUGAAGAGGAUGAUCAGUAACCCCUGGGAGCGCACACACUUUUUAUAUGGACAAAUCCUGGAUUGGCUUCGUUAUUUGGUGGCCUGGCAACCCGUGGUGAUUGGAAUAGUUCAAGGCAUUAAUUAUUCACUAGGGCUGGAAUAGUGCAGCAGACUUACUCCAGAAGCAAUGUGUUGCAUGUUGAAAUAUUUUUAAAUCCUUGAUCCUACACUUAAUAUCGAUAUUCUUUUUUUUAAUUUCAGAGGUGAUCCCAAGAGUUUAGAGAACUGAGCCUUACCUAAG